UAGGAAGAGAAGAAAAGAUGGAAAAGGAGGAAGAAGAAGAGGUUCCCUGAUGGCUGGAAUACAAAGUGGAACUAGCCAUCAGAUGCAGGUCAAAGGUUAUGUGAAGACUUUCUUGCUUAGCCGUGAUCAUAGUGCCUUACCGUUUGCCAUUGCUUGUAUACUUGUAUUGUCUAGGAAACUUAACCUAACCUAACCCACAGGAGAGCCGUGACCUGGGUGAACUGAUGUUGAGUCUGUGUUACCUCCCCACUGCUGGACGUCUCACUGUAACAGUUAUCAAGAUGAGGAACCUCAGAGCUAUGGAUAUAACCGGAUCAUCAGACCCCUACGUGAAGGUCUGUCUAUUGUGUCAAGGUCGACGAAUCAAGAAGAAGAAGACAACGGUGAAGAAGUCGACGCUCAACCCAAUCUACAAUGAGGCCCUCGUCUUCGACAUCCCCAAUGACAACAUCGAGGACGUCACCCUCUUGGUCAAGGUCGUCGACUAUGAUAGGGUUGGCGCUAAUGAACUGCUGGGUGUGGCAGUAAUUGGGUCACAGGUGAUUGGCCCAGGCCGCGACCACUGGCUGGAGAUGUUGGAGUGUCCCCGCCGACCUGUGGCCCAGUGGUACCCCCUUAUGGAGAGCGUCCCCCUCAACUUGGUGAUGUCCCCAACCCGCACACUACCUCCGCCACUCAGCUGCUUCAACUCAACGUGAAGUUGAGCCCAGAACAUUUGAGUUGGUUUCCUAAUGUUUCUUAGAGGAUGUUAUUACAUCUUCUGGGCAAGAUCUGUUAGUUGGUGAACACACACACCAGGCCUUCACCAGAUGCUACUUCUGCUCUGAAGAGGAGAGUUAUGGUGAUCCAUAUAGUACACUGGAUUUCCCUCCUUUUUCCCAAAUUCUGACAGUCUGUACAGUGUAUGCCUAAACCAUACUGAGUUCUAGUAUAGCAUGCACUAUGUAUGCCUAAACCAUACUGAGUUCUCAUAUUGCAUGCACUAUGUAUGCCUAAACCAUACUGAGUUCUAGUAUAGCAUGCACCAUGUAUGCCUAAACAAUAUACUGAGUUCUGGUGCAGUUCUCUUUAUAACAAGAUUUAUGCUGUUACUGUAUAACCUACACUUAGAACACAACCUGAACUACCACCACCCCCACAAUAGAUCACAGCAUAAUGUCAGGUUAUCUUUGUAAGACUCGUCACAUUUACAACAUACACUCACCAACGAAAGUCCUGUUGCCUCACCUGCCUCUUCAUGAUCCCAGAGAUUCAGAAACUUGUGAGGUCUCUGAAUCUCUGGGUUCGUGAAAGGCAAUGAGGCGACAGCACUCUUAUUGGAAAAGUUACUCGCAAAUAUUACCCCAAAACAAAUUUAUUUACUUAUUUUUUAUUUAUGGUUGUCCAACUAAUGUCAACACUUCAGCUUGGGGUUGUUUUAUAUACAGCGAUAACGAACCUAACAGCUUUCUCAAUUAUGCUUUUCAUAAGUGUUAUCUUCCAAGUAAUUUUUGUCCUGCCCGCUCCUUAACAACCACCCCCAACACAUAUCUACAUUAUCUUUCUCACAGAGUCAUGUCUAUAUCAUCCUUCUCUCAAUCAUGUCUACAUCAUCCUUCUCUCAGUCAUGUCUACAUCAUCCUUUUCUCAGUCAUGUCUAUAUCAUCCUUAUCUUUCUAAAACUAAUAAUUUUCAUCACCUUUAUUCCUUAUCAAAUAUGUCUAAUUCACCUACAACUAAAAUUUGCUGUCGUCCCUAAUGUCUACGUUCUCCCACAAACUUAGUCAUUACAUGUUCUUAGAAGAGAAAAUAAUGAACUCUUAUAUUAACUUACAGUACUUGGUGUUAAAUUUGAGUAUUUCUGCUACUGGUCAGAAACAGCCAUCGUUUAUCAUGCUUUCGAAACUCACAUAAUUAAUCAGCCUCACCAUUUUACUCUACAAGUCAUGUUACAGUGAGCUAUGAAGAAAGUGCAUACAGUAUAUAUAUUUGUAGCUUGUGUCUACAUCCCUCGGCAUCCAUUGUCUUCUCCAAUAUUAAUGAAAAAAGAAUUUCUGACGUAUGAGUAUUGUAUGUCACAAAUGCAGAUCUGGGGAACAGAAUAGUCCCCAAGUACAGUUCAUAUGUACAAUCAAAGACAAAAAUCGUAUCGCGAUUUUGUCCGAAGAUUAAAUAUAACUCGUGAAACAUUAUGAGAGCCCCCUACCACCAGGCAGAGCGCACCAAAAGCUUCGCCCUUCGGCAUAUGUUUUCACCAGAUUUCACGACACAAUUUUUGUCUUUCAUUGUACACAGAAAACAAAACAAAACAGAAGGGAGUAAAUGUUUAGAGACCAACACAGAAAAGAUAAAAUUCCUUAAAACAUUAGAUUUUAAACAUGAUAGAUUAUAUACUAAAGAACUAUAGUGGCCUAUUUUGGUGUUUAUUCACCAAUCAAUCAACUGCCUUGUUACAAACUGACCCUAGGCCUCAGUUACAAAGCUCAAAAGAAGAACAACAGAUCCAGCGCCCUCUAUACAAAGGUUUACACCAUCUCAGUUUCAGCGCAAGAUUUACAAAAUAUCACUUAGCAACAAUACUCUGAGAAAAAAGUAGAAAAUUAAGCUGAUUUACUAAAACAUGACAUUACCUGGUAAACUAAAUCUAAGAGAGCUUGAGCUAGCAACACCUAUACACAGAAUGGUUCAUGGCACAGUGUUUACAAAAUGGCGGCACCUAGUGUAACGUUGGCAUAAGUCUCCUCAGAGAAGAUAUUGACCAGAUCAAAAUAAGAGACGUGAAUAAACCGGAUAACGGGUCUAUCCGAGAAAUAAGUGUCCAGAUAUAACGUUGUAGAUAAUAUUACAUAGGAUUAACAGUAUAUCAGCACCUUUAACACUUAACCAGAACAUGAUAACUGCGUGGAGGCACAACAUUUAGUCAUUACAAUCAUUUUAAACAAUGAUAAAAAAAUGACAUAAAUCCGCAAUUAUUCCAUCAAAUAUUAUAAAUUCAGAUAAAGCAAACUAAUACAUUGGUUAAUUACCCUGUAGUACUGUAGUGGUACAUUCUCUCCUGUGUACAUUAUGUAGUACUGUAAUGGUACAUCCUCUCCUCCCUAUUACAUUCAUCAGUAACUCACUUAUAAACCCUAAUUGUAAUUAUUUAUGUCAGGGAGAAUCAUAAAACAUUUACUUGAGACUCUUGGGGAAAUAUUUUAGGAUAUGUGUGGGGAACCUUGUCUAACUUACCCUAUCCCAGCUUCUCUAUCUAGAGCAGUGGUGUAAAUUUCAAAGGGAUUUAUAUAUCCUCUAACAAAGUACUACAGUUCAUAAUUGGCUGAUCUGUUGGUAGUACUGUAUUAUUAUUAUUAUUAUUUUACAUCGCUCAACAACCUAAUCAUUAAUGUACUGUACUGUAUAUCUUUCACAACACUGUUACUACAAAUUAUUUCACAGUAAUAAUUUAGACUUUGUUUACCUUGUACAGUAUGUCGAGCCAAUAUUUACCAUGAACUGCACUACACAGUUUUAAUAAAUAAAGACAGACUGAGAUAACCCAGAACCAAAGCUGUUAAAGGGACCACAUAAUCUUAUACCCAUAGUAUAUUCAUGGAAUUACUUACCCGUAUAAGUUACCCCAAUACACGAGAGAGAUCAAGUGUUUAUGACCCAUAAAUGAGAUAACUAAAAGAGAUUUAACACUUACUGUAUGUGUGACAUAUUACACCAAGGGUUAUAGGCUCUUACUAGCUUAUUAAAUAAAAAUAAUUUAGCUAGUCGUAACUGAACACUACAAGAAAUAUACUGUACAGUACACUCGGGGUCAAAAGUUCGCUCCCUCCCAAAAUGAAGCAGUAUCAACCCCGAAUGAGAUAAAGGAACAGACCCACACAAGACGACAGUCAGGGUAAAUAAGUUUGGAGACUCGUUCCCGUGACUCAGUUAUACCGCAGGGAGUGAACUUUUCUCCGUGACUGUACAUCAGAGAAAGUUACCUUACAAGGUGUACUGUACACUGUCAAGUAUAUUUCUAUACACACCAUAUCAUAACCACUAAUUCUGUACACCAUAGUUUGUCUUUCCUCAAGUUUCAGCCUUAAAUAAUUGUUGUGUACUACUAAGGUGCAAGUAGAGUGUAAACAAUAUUUAAUGUAACACUUCAUGUAGCAUUCAAGUGUUCUUAGACUUGCAUGUAAUUUCUUUACCCAAAACUGUAACAAUAUUCAUGAACUGUGUGUGUCAUGUGAGAUAAGUAGAACUGAAUACUCUGGGCAAACUUUUUACAGGAUUAAGAGAUGUAGUUUUAGGUGAGACAGUAUUUUUGUGAAGUAGGAAGCUUGCAUGUGAAAUGUGUACCACCAGUUUAUUGGUAUAUCUAAACAAAAUAAUUAUACUUUGACUAUUUAUAGUAUAACCAGUAGUCUAUCCUUUAGCAACAAAAGACUAAUGAUUUUUCUGCUGGCAGAGAAUGUUGUACUGUAUUUUUGGUAGAAAUCUGUGUACAGUAGAUGAGGCAGUAAUUUAUGUCCUUUUAGUAUAAGGGAAAUAUAUAAUAUUUUUGUCUAUUCUAUGUAAGGAAAGUAUAUAUAUUCUGGUGAUAAUGUGUUAUCACUCAUGUUGUGGAUCAGAGCCGAAGUUUCUGCCUUCCGUGUUGACAUACCCGGUGUUGAACAAUUACUAUACAUCGAGUAAAUGGUAAAAGUGUUGGCAGUAUAGUAUCAGUGUUUCAAUACAUGUAGUGUGUGUGUGUGUGUAUCAUUAGGCAGUAUAAGCAUGCUUCCUGUUAUAAGCAGAUGAAGCCAAGUAAGGUGUCAUGAUUCUAUGUGUCGUCGUAUUUGUCUCGAGUAACGUACACGCUUGUCGUUUGCCGGUCAGUACACCCGACUGUCGCCCAUGGUUGAAGGGAUACAAGUCCUAUUCUUUUGUUGUGGUACGGGAUUAUGUGGCAUUCAGCAAUGAUGUGGACGACGCCAGUGUUAAGUGUUGUAACAAGCCUGUGCUGGAUGUCAUGCAACUCACGCUCGUAAAACUCUUAACUCAUCUCUCGUACAAAGCACUGUAAUAGUGCUCGUGCUUGCCUUGUUCCCUCACAAUCUCAGAACAGAUCGACUUAUUUUGGGCCAACACAUGUCAGCUAAUGAAGGUUCAUGUUUGAAGACCCCAGGUAGCACAUAGAUAACCAAGUGGAUCCAGAAUGAGAUAGAGUAUUAUUUUUUAAGGGGGUGUUUGAAGUAGGACGAGCAACUGUGAUACAGAAACUGAUCCGCAUUUAUCUCCCGACAAUUAACAUACAGAUCUAAAUGUCCUUUAUUGGCUGACAUGUGUAUGGUAAUCUUCCAUUUCAUAAACAUUAUCUAUUUUUGUACCUUUUCACUUCCUGUACUCAUUUAAUGAUAAAAGACAUAGAUGAAUUUAAAAUGUGUUUGGAAAAUUAAAAUUUAUGUAGUAAG